AUGUAAACAAGAAGUGACGUGCGUUAAACUUUUCAUGUUAUUGUUUAGUAGUGUGUUGUUUACCGCCUGGUGUGCCGCAGGGAGUGGAGUGAGCGGUGAGAGGUGAGAGGGAGUGAGAGGAGUGCCUUGGUGACGUGCCCAGCCAUGGAGUGCCACAAUUCCCUCACCGACACGCCCCUGGGGGAGUCUGUGGUGCUGCCCAGGGCCCAGGGGUAUGACUAUGAGUUUGUCCCAGCGCUGGACCCUAAGUAUGAGUGUCCCAUCUGCCUGCUGGCUCUGAGGGCGCCGCUGCAGACCGCCUGUGGACACCGCUUCUGUAAGGACUGCAUCUACAACUCCCUCAGUGAGUCCAGCAGGAGGUGCCCCAUUGACAACACACCCCUGAAGGAGACGGACCUGUUCCCUGUCUGUGCCGAGAGAGAGGUGUUGCAACUCAGGGUCAGGUGCCCAAACACUUCCCUCGGGUGUACGCAGGUUCUCGAUCUUAUGUACAUUGAACACCACACGCAGGCUUGUAGUUUUCAGCCAGUGUUGUGCCCCAAUGAGUGUUCAGUGACAGUGCUGCAGAGGGAGCUGGACCAACACCUCAAAUCACAGUGCUUGCUGCGCCUCAAACUGUGUGUGCUGUGUGACCUGCCCUACCCAUUCAAUCAGGAGCAGUUGCACCUGGCCACCUGUGCGCAAGUGAUGGUGUCCUGUGAGCUGUGCAGUGCGGUGGUGGCGCGGGGGGAGCUGCCCACCCACCGUAGUGACAGCUGCCCCAGGGUGGUGGUGGGCUGCCCCUACGCUGAACACGGCUGCUCCCACAAGACUGUCCGUGCUGAUCUGGAUGCUCACCUCAGCCAGUCCACUCAGUACCAUCUCCAUCUUUUAUCGUCAGCCCAGAAGCGUGUCACUGCGUUGGUGUGGGAGUUGAGCCGUUCAGCUGGUGUGUGGGGGUCACCGAGCGGCCUGGGGUUCAGCCGACAGCCCAGCCUCAGGAGCCAGCUGUCUGCCACCUCCCCAAGCCCUGACCGACAGCUUGGGGAGAGUAGCUGUGGGGAGAGAGGGGAGAGGGAGAGAGGGUUAGUGUUCCCCUCUCCCCUUAAACUUGAUACCAGUCCUAAACUUCACCUCAGCCUCUCCCAGCUGGCGAUUGUUGGGGAGGGCGCCACAGCACUAGAGGAGGGGAAGGGUGGGGAGGAUGGCAAGGCAGGGAAGGACCUGGCCAUGCAUCCCCAGCAGGAGGCAAUACUGAAGGACCUCUGUGGCAAGACCCUAGAGAUGAGUCAGGGGCUGCUGCAGGUGAACAUAGGGCUAAGUAACCUGCAAGCACGGGUGGAGGAGGUGGAGGGGUGGGUCACGGCGGAGGGGGGCGAGGCAGCGAGGGGACGGUACUGCCAGGGGGAGUACGUGUGGCGGCUCAAGGACUUCCCAGGGACACUUGCCGAGCUACGGGAGAAACCAACUCGUGUUUUCCACUCCCCUGGUUUCUACACAUCCCCUUUUGGCUACAAGUUCUGCCUACGACUGAACCUAACCAGGAAUGGCCAGGGGGGGCAGGGGGGUCCGGCAGGGGAGGAGUGGCUGUCCCUCUUCAUCCACGGUAUGCAGGGUGAAAAUGACGCAUUCCUGGACUGGCCCUUCGCUGGCGUCAUCACCUUUGCCUUACUGGACUGCAGUGUGGGGAAACCCACACACAUCACCGAGACCCUUCAGAGCAGCCCAGACCGCCAAGCCUUCAGCCGCCCCCAGACACACCGCAAUCCUAAGGGCUUUGGAUACACAGAGUUUGCACCGGUGAGGAAGGUGGUGGACGGGAGUGGCAGGGCGGAGUACCUUCACGAGGGCACACUCCACAUCAGGGCCACUGUCAAGCUCCUGCAGCACCACCAGGGACCUGCAGGUAAGGGGUGCAUCUGUCAACACCAGCAGAAGGCACAGAAGGUGGGCUGAUUUGGUGGUGGUGGUGGUGUUUAUUUUGUUGUAUUGUAUUAUAUUUUAUUAUAUUUUAUUUUAUUUAUUUAUUUAUUAUUAUUAUUUAUUUUUUUUUUAGUUUUUAGUUUUGUCUGUAGAAGUUUGGAUUUAUGUAAGUGUUUCUAUCUAUUUAUUUAUUUGUUUCUUUAUUACUUCUAACUUAACCGGUAAAAGUUAUGAAAGAUUUGUAGAAGAAACAUUUUCAUUUAUUUAUUUACUUAUAUAUUCAUUCAUUUAUCAAUUUAGUUUCAAGUCCACUAGCAAAAAAAAUUACAAAAUAUUUAAAGAAACAUUUCUGCGUUUAUUUGUCGAAGUCUUCCAAAAGUUCAGUAUGAUCUCCAACUUAUGAGGCAUUUGAACAGUGUCCCCUCCCCCCCCCUCCAGAUAUGUUCCUCCAGGUUGUGUUCUUAUAGUUCAAGCAAUACUCAAGCUAUAUCCCACUGUUCUUCUUGUUAUCUCCUUUUAUCCUGUUCUUCUUCCUUUCUGUUCUUGUUCUCACCUUCCUUUUAUUCUCUGUUCUUGCUUCCAUUUUAUUUUGUUCUUGUUCUUGUCUCCCUUUAUUCUCUUG